AUGGAGGCCUUUCCUUCAGACUUUGUGGUCCACAACCUACCUCUGAUAGUCCUCUCUGGUCUGGCCACGAGCAAAGAAGUCGAUCCACCCCCACCUGUUCAGCAAGUGCUUCCUGGGAGGGCCGUUACAAACAUCAACUCGGAGAUAGCGCCCGUCGAAGGCGAACGCGCAAAUGAGCUCCUCGCCGAGUUUCUGCGUGCCGAUGCAACCAAUGCGCCGUGGAAUUCGCGGGGGCUGGGUCGCAGAGGCCUCACGUACAGCUUCAGGAUGCGGAGUGUAGGAAGGCUGCCCCCGCACAAGGCAGAUGCGCCCUCUCACUCCGAGACCACGCCUCCGGGCAGUCCCACUAUUGCUGCAGCGACGUCGUGGAUUCUGCAUUCACCCAUAUCGCCCCUCUCGCCCGGGGCCCCCUCUUUCCCAGAUGGUGUCAUCGCUCCAGCCUGGGUUGCGAAGCACCAGCACUACAUACCCGCCGUUUUCGUUUCCUUUUUCAACUUCACCACCGACCCCAUUACAAAUAGCCUCCAUGACAAUCAGCUGAAGACAGAGAUCAACAAGAUCAAAGGCCAGAUACAAAAGUCCGACUACCGCACAAAGUAUGUGGUGGUGCUGUUGAGCGACAAGACUAUACUGGAGGCACCAGAUAUUGAGGAAAGGCUUGCGACCAUCCGCCGUGCGACGGGCCUUGACCCAAAGAACUCUCUCUUCUUCCUGCCCCCAAGAACAUCACGGGUUGAAUUAGAGGCAUUCGUCACGUCAGUCCUCGCCAUAUUACACCCUGUCUGUGUAGAGUACUACCGUGACCUCACAAAGCAUGCACGGAGAAAGAAGAAUCGAGGCACUAUCCCUCCUCCCACAGCACCUCCUACGCGUGGAACUUCCCAGACACUAUCAUAUCCUGGGUGGGGGGUUCGCUAUGACUUCAAAUUAGCUAUCUUCGCCGAAUUUCGUCAGGAGAUGGACGCUGCGCAACGACACUACAACGCUGCUUUGGAGGCUCUGUUUGGAGCCGAAGGUCUAUUUGAAACUACAGCCAGCUGGUCACCAAGAUGGGAUGAGAUACGAUUACUUUCAGACAUCAUCGUCUUACGACAUAUUCGCUGUCAGCUCUGGAACAACUACCCUACUUCUGCCGUGCAGACGUGGCUGCGGUACAAGUACAAGCUGCAAGAUGUUUUGGAUCGCCGAGGAAAGGGCACUGCAAACUAUGGCUGGCAAGCAUGGGAGUCUAGGUGGGCCCAAGCCAUGGCAGAAAUUGUGCAGCGGACAGAUUUACCCGUCUUCAAGACGACAGAUCCCAAGUCAGAAUCAGACCCUUUGACAGAGAUUCCAAUCUCUCUAUUCUCAGAACCUGAAAAACAAUUUCCAAUGGGAGAAAGAUUGCCGCCAUGGGAGCUGCUCCACCACGCUGGUUAUUGGCACAAAAUCGCCAGUGAUCAUGCCAAGAGGCGUUACAUCCUGGCUCGGGAAAUGCCUGAAGAAGAUCGGACACCGCCAGGCAUGUCUCCUGCUGCGAAGGUAUCAUCCCGGAGUCAAAUAUACGAUAGCUAUCUUGUUCCACAGCCGCAUGAAGAGUACCCAUUACCUGGUGUUGGUGGGAAUGGCUUCGAGCAUUGGAAAGACAUUUCUUCCAAGAUGAACGAUGCAAUAGCUCAGUUCAAAGCCCGGGGGCAGCAUCGUAAAGUAGACCAGUUACAAUUAGAGGUCGCCCGGACACUACUGCAUGUCAACAGGUUCGAGGAUGCCUUCAAGGUACUACGUCCACUCUGGGAGACCAUGUCCUGGAGGAAAGAAAAGUGGUGGAAUCUCGCUUCAGAAGUAGUUUGGGCCCUACACGAGUGUGCUUUGCGGGUGCAAGAUUCUGAGGCCUAUCUCGCUACUGAAUGGGAAUUGUACAGCCAAACAAUCCCUGGCAAGACAAAGUACAAGUACGAUCUCAUGGCAUGCUUGGACUCUUUCACAAAAGCAGCAGAUGGCAAAAUCACAGUGAACCUGAAUGCUAAAGAACACAUCUCUUGUCUGUCUGUAUCGUUUGCCUUUUCUGAAGCCGAAGGGAACGUGGGUGAACCGCUACAAUCGCAGAUUGCAAUCACUUCGAACGCUCGCCCAGGGUCUACGCCCAUUACCUUGUCAUUUUUGCAAUACCAAUUCAGCGGCGGCUUGGCUGAAGUUCGCUUGACACACCAAGAAGGCGAAGAACCCUCUGACCAUGCCUCUAGGAUGUACUCCUGUACAUUAGAUGAGGUCCAAUCAGCGACUAGAAAGCCCCAGUGGACAGGAGCCGCUGACUUGACGUUAUAUGCUGGCCAGACCAAGGUUUACAGCGUACCGCUCAUUUUCCGUGAGUCUGGUGACGUCGACGUUACCGCUUGCGUAUUGGGGGUUAGCACAGAGCGAUUUGAACUCGUCUCCUCUGACACAGAUAUUGACAUCCCCAUUCAUCCACUCUGGUGGAUCCAAUCAAACAAAAAGAUCAAGUCAAGAUUGCUGAAGCAUGGCUCGGGCAUGUCAGUUCACAUACUUCCCAAACCACCAAAGAUGGAAAUCAGCCUACCAGACAUUCGCGAUCAAUACUAUACCGACGAGCAGGUCACUCUUGCGAUUGAGAUAAUCAAUCAGGAAGACGAGGAUACUGAAGCUGUUCUCGAAGUUCGAAUCCUUGGUCGCUCGAAAGACUCUCUCGGGUAUACCUGGGUUGAUCGCCCAGCAUCGUCACCGAUGAAGGAAGUCCCGCCAGCGCUUGAUGGCUCGACCGAUGUGGAUCUGCCGGGUCAUGUAGUCGGCAAACUUGCUCAAGGGGCACGCACAACAGAGAGAAUACGCUUUACUGCCCCGGCCGACCCAGCAGACUACGCGUUAGAAGUCAAGGUUUUAUACCACGUGCUCAGCGACCGCGAUAUACCUAUCUCCAAGAUCAUGGUGGCAGACAUAGUUUUCAACGCCCCCUUUGAAGCCAGCUACGACCUAAACGCACGUGUGCACCCCGACCCAUGGCCCAGUUACUUUGAGCUCCAAGAAGCCGAAAGCAACGUCAGCCCCGAAUCGUCCGAUGCAUUCGGCAUAGCCCAGAAAUGGGGCCUACGUGCCAAAGUCGCCUCCUUCGCCGACGAGCACCUCAUCGUCAGCGACCUCGCCGUAGAAGUCCAUAGUAUCCACGGGGGUGCCACCUGUGACGUGACGAAAGAAUUCGAAAUUAGCGAGACGCGCAUGGAGCCUCAAGUCCUCAGCGAAUGGAGCUUCAGCCUCGACAUUCGCAAAAACAAUCUCGAAGAACGACGCUCCACCGCUCUCGACACCACACUCAACAUAACUUGGCAGCGUACUUCAGACCCUUCAGCCCUCCCCGUAACCUCUUCCUUGCCUAUCCCCCGCAUCCAGAUCCCCUCAUCUGAACCCCGCGUCCUAGCCCGCUCCCACUUUUCCCCCUCAGUCCCCUCCCUCAUCCACCUCGACUACGUCCUCGAGAACCCAACCAUGCACUUCUUAACCUUUGAACUCGCAAUGGAAGCCAGCGAGACUUUCGGGUUUAGUGGUCCCAAGUUGCGUACGCUGCAUCUUUUACCUAUGAGUCGUCAGACGGUCAGAUACAACUUGCUGUCGAGCGUCGAAGAAGACUGGAUUACGCCUAAUUUGAAGGUUACGGAUCGAUACUUUAAUAAGACGCUCAAGGUGCAGGGUACGGAGGGGAUGAGGGCGGAUAAGAAAGGAGUGGGGAUUUGGGUUCCCGGUGGGGACGUAGAGAGCGAGGGUGGAAAGGCAGAAGAAACGGUGGAGGGUUAA